AGCGGAGCCGCGCCGUGCCGCGCCGCCCGGGCUCGCCAUUCGCCGCCGCGCCGCUCCGCCGGCGGGGCUGGAGGAGGAGGAGGCGCUUUGUUCCUCCCCGGGCUCCCGCCGCUGCCGCCGCGCACCGGGCUCGAGCCGAGCGGGAGCGAUCUGUGGUAGCACACAAGGGAGCCGGCGGGGACUGUCCUGGGCACAGGCAGGUGGAGGAUGAACGGCGAAGCCGAGUGCCCUACAGACUUGGAAAUGACAGCUCCUAAAAACCAAGACCGCUGGUCUCAGGAGGACAUGCUGACUCUGCUGGAGUGCAUGAAGAAUAACCUGCCCUCCAACGACGGGAGCAAGUUCAAAACCACCGAGUCCCACUUGGACUGGGAGAAAGUGGCUUUCAAGGACUUCUCGGGGGAGAUGUGCAAGAUGAAGUGGAUGGAGAUUUCUAACGAGGUUAGGAAGUUUCGGACCCUCACAGAGCUCAUUAUGGACGCCGAAGAGCACGUGAAGAAUCCUUACAAGGGCAAAAAGCUCAAGAAACACCCCGACUUCCCCAAGAAGCCCCUGACUCCCUAUUUCCGCUUCUUCAUGGAGAAGCGGGCCAAAUAUGCCAAGCUACACCCUGAAAUGAGCAACCUGGAUCUCACCAAGAUCCUGUCCAAGAAGUACAAGGAGCUUCCUGAGAAGAAAAAGAUGAAAUACAUCCAGGACUUCCAGCGAGAGAAGCAGGAGUUUGAGAGGAACCUGGCAAGGUUCAGGGAAGAUCACCCGGAUCUCAUCCAGAACGCCAAGAAAUCCGACGUCCCCGAAAAGCCCAAGACCCCCCAGCAGCUGUGGUACAACCACGAGAAGAAGAUCUACUUGAAAGUGCGUCCAGAUGUGAGUACGGCCACCACGAAGGAGGUGAAAGAGUCGCUGGGCAAGCAGUGGUCUCAACUCUCGGAUAAAAAGAGGCUGAAAUGGAUUCAUAAGGCCCUGGAACAGCGGAAGGAGUACGAGGAGAUCAUGCGUGACUACAUCCAGAAGCACCCCGAGCUGAACAUCAGCGAGGAGGGCAUCACCCGCUCCACCCUCACCAAGGCUGAGCGCCAGCUCAAGGACAAGUUUGAUGGACGACCCACGAAGCCACCUCCGAAUAGCUACUCCCUGUACUGUGCAGAGCUGAUGGCCAACAUGAAAGAUGUGCCCAGCACCGAGCGAAUGGUGCUGUGCAGCCAACAGUGGAAGCUGCUCUCCCAGAAGGAAAAGGAUGCAUACCACAAAAAGUGUGACCAAAAAAAGAAAGACUACGAGAUUGAGCUCCUCCGCUUCCUGGAGAGCCUGCCUGAGGAGGAGCAGCAGCGGGUGCUGGGUGAGGAGAAGAUGCUGGGCAGCAACCGGAAAGGGGCAACAAGUCCUGCAUCCAAAAAAUCCUCACCAGAGACUGGCAAGGCCAGCUCAGAGAAGCCCAAACGGCCCAUCUCUGCCAUGUUCAUCUUCUCGGAAGAGAAGCGGAAGCAGCUGCAGGAGGAGCGGCCAGAGCUGUCGGAGAGCGAGCUGACCCGGCUCCUGGCCCGCAUGUGGAAUGACCUCUCCGAGAAGAAGAAGGCCAAGUACAAAGCACGAGAGGCAGCAAUGAAGGCGCAGUCGGAGAAGAAACAUGGCUCGGAUAAAGAGGAACGUGGGAAGCUGCCCGAGUCUCCCAAGACAGCCGAGGAGAUCUGGCAACAGAGUGUCAUUGGAGACUACCUGGCUCGUUUCAAGAAUGACCGGGGCAAGGCCCUGAAGGCCAUGGAGGCCACCUGGAACAACAUGGAGAAGAAGGAGAAGCUGAUGUGGAUCAAGAAAGCGGCGGAGGAUCAGAAGCGAUACGAGAGGGAGCUGAGUGAGAUGCGGGCCCCUCCGUGCUCCACCAACUCCUCAAAGAAAAUGAAGUUCCAGGGAGAGCCAAAGAAACCCCCCAUGAACGGUUACCAGAAGUUCUCCCAGGAGCUGCUGUCGAAUGGGGAGCUGAACCACCUCCCGCUGAAGGAGCGGAUGGUGGAGAUCGGCAGCCGCUGGCAGCGCAUCUCCCAGGGCCAGAAGGACCACUACAAAAAGCUGGCAGAGGAGCAGCAGAAACAGUACAAGGUGCACCUUGAAAUCUGGCUUAAGAGCCUCUCGCCCCAGGAGCGAGCUGCCUACAAGGAACACACUUCCAACAAACGCAAGAGCAUAGGGAAGAUCCGGGGCCCCAACCCCAAGAUGAAGCCAACGAUGCAGUCCAAGUCGGAGUCAGAGGAUGAUGACGAGGAGGAAGAGGAGGAGGAAGAUGAUGAUGAAGAUGAGGACGAUGAUGAUGACAACGGCGACUCAUCAGAGGAAGGCGGCGACUCCUCGGAGUCCAGCAGUGAGGAGGAGAGCGAGGAUGGGGAUGAGAACGAUGAGGAUGACGAGGAUGAGGAUGAUGAGGAUGAGGAUGACAACGACUCAGAGGGCAGCAGCAGUUCUUCCUCCUCCUCGGGGGACUCCUCUGACUCCGACUCCAACUGAUCCGGCCAAGCUCUUAGUAACAUCGUUUGGUUUUUCAGUUUUGGUCCCAAGUUCCUGCCCUCCAGCCCCACAGAAGUCCUUCCUCCUCUUCCUCCUGCCCCUUCCCCCUCGUGAGCUACAGCCCCCUGUGGGACCCCCCCAGCCUGGGGAGCAGGGGUUGGAGACACCCCUCCACCGAGCUCACACUAUGGAGAGGGGAAGCUGGGGGUUGCUACCAUCUGGGCUGGGGGGAGAGGAGGGGGUGAGCCCCCCCCGAUCCCUCACAGCUCCCUUCCUUCUCCCCUUACCGAGGGAGGGGAAGAGGUUUUUAUUUCGGUGAGAUGUUAUUUUGGGAGGGUCACCCCAUCCUCAACCCCUUCACACCCUCGUUACCAGCUCCGGACUUUAUAGAAAGAAGACAAAAACACACAGGAAAAAAAAAAAACCCUCCUUUUUUUAUUAAGAAAAACAUAAAUAGAAAAAAAAAAAAAGCAACCCCCCCCCCUCACCCCCCCGUGCACCCCCUGCCCUGCACAGCCCCCCGUCCCGCCCCGCGCCGCGGGCACAGAGCACGAGCCGAGCUGCUCAGGACUCAGCCGUUGGGACGAUGUCUCUGCUCCCCCCAUCCCCUGUCUGCGCACCCCCCCAGCUCUGCGCUUCCCCCCUUCCCCCCCCGGCGUGCUGGGGGUGCCCCCCCACCCCCCCAUCAGGAGCUCAGCGGGACCUCGGCACCCACGGCCCUUGGGAGCGCCGACCACGCACCGUGACCGCCCGGGGCUGGGGGCAAUGGGGGGAGGUGUGAGUGUGAGUGCCGGGCCGGGGGGCACCCGGCUGCUGUGCGUGACCAAGGGGAUGCAGGGGGCUGGGAGCCCCUCGCUGUUGUCGGUGGUUGUUGUGCUGUUGUAUUUUAUUUUAUUCUCUUUUUUUUUUUUUUCCUUUUUAUAAAAUGAGAAAGAUUCAUAUUUUAUUUUUUUUUCUUUGUCCCCCUCCCCUCUCCCCAAUCUCUGGUGAAGCUGCUCCUCUCCCUUUGCCUCAAACCCUUGGGGUGACCAGCACUCCUGUCAUCCCAGUUACCCCCAGUUUGCCCCCCCGAGGGGGUGCUUCUGCACCCCCCCUGGCCAUGCUGUAAAUAUUGCUGCGGUUUGGGUUUAAUUUUGGCGGGUCUCCGGGGGGAA